AUGCCGAUACACCUAGUCUGUUCCUCCCCUUCCCCCCCUUCUCUCCCACCACUUCCUUCCAGCCCCAUCAUGUUUUUCCGCAUCUCUGGGCGAACGGGAGAGCUACAGGAGGUGGAUGAUGAGGAGGCGGAGCGAAUCAUGCCGGCUGCCGCUUAUGCUCUCGCCAAGAAGAGCCUGCACUUGACUCCCUCAGGAUUCACCCUCACCCUUAGAGGAGCCAUCUGCUUCACAGAGGAUGACGUCAUCAACCUGGACACUGAGCUGGGCUUUGGCAUCGGGGGAUCCCUGGCUGAAGGGGUUGACAUCACCACGUUCCUGUCUGGCGGGCAGGAGUACAUGAUAUACACGCCUUUCGACCCACUCAUGUUCGUCGCAUACAAGGACCCAAAGACUAGCGAGAUUCUUGUGGCUGAAGAUCCUGAGCUUCUAAACGAUCCCAAGGUGUUGGAUGCGAUAGAUGAGGAGCAGCAGUUCCAAGCCAUGGUGUCGACUCAAAAGUCACCUGUGCAUGAUUCAAUCCGUGCCAUUAAAGGAGGCAGAGGAGGAGAUGGAGGCAACACUGGAGCAGACAGCAAGGCAGGCACCCCUCUGCUUCACGCGUCCCUCCUGCUGUCCCCUUUUUGUGCCCUCUCCCUCGCCCCCUCCUCUCUCCACUCCUUAGGAGGCAGAGGAGGAGAUGAAGGCAACACUGGAGCAGACAGCGAGACAGGCGCCCUUGCGUUCCCAUGA